AUGUCUGAUAUGGAGCAGUGGAAGCAGAGGAAUAGAGGAAGGGAGUCGCACUGGCUACAGGACAAAAAUGGUAAUCCUCCAGGCAUACUGCAGAAUGAAAUUGUUGAUCCUAUACCAGACCUUUUUAAGACUAUGAUCAAGAUGUUGGUUACAUGGAAUGUUCUUCCUCCUACCAGUGUACCUGACAGCUGUACCAUCAACAUUCAUAACAAAGGGGACUACAUACCACCUCAUAUUGAACAUCAGGAUUUUGUUCGGCCAUUUUUGUACUGUGUCGUUUCUUAG